AUGUAUGUAAUAUUUUAUUUAGCUUCUAACUCUCUGACGAAUCUCUCUCUCUCUCUCUCUCUCUCCCUAUCUAUCUAUCUAUCUAUCUAUCUAUUUCAACCUGUUCAUAUCUAUCUAUCUAUCUAUCUAUCUAUCUAUCUAUCUAUCUAUCUAUCUAUCUAUCUAUUUCAACCUGUUCAUAUCUAUCUAUCUAUUUCAACCUGUUCAUAUCUAUCUAUCUAUCUAUCUAUCUAUCUAUCUAUCUAUCUAUCUAUCUAUCUAUCUAUCUAUCUAUCUGAGUUGAUUAAUUUUUCUCUACAUGACAACGAACAAGCUUUGCCUCCUUUAAUUCAUUCAUUUUUUUUUUCUUUUUCACUUUUGAAACCAUUUUGCUCGUCUUUUCCCUUUGAUAUCGAAAAUAACGAUGUUCGUGGCUUUUCUCUGUCUGUCUGUCUGUCAGUGAGUCAGUCAGUGAGUCAGUCAAUCUAUCUAUCUAUCUAUCUAUCUAUCUAUCUAUCUAUCUAUCUAUCUAUCUAA